AUGUGUGAUAUGUUAAUCUCACGAGUUACAAAGAGAGAGAAAGUUGGGAUUAUAAGAGAUAAUUUGUCGCAUGAGAGUAGAACCUACUUAAAGUCUCUCCUACAAUUGAAUGGGAAUUUUUGGCCAUGGCCCUUUUUUAGCACAAAGGGAAAGAUAGCGAAUGCCACAUUUUUGAUAUCUACGAUGCUUGUCCCAGCCAUUUUUCCCACAGCAUGCCUAACACCAAGCUUAAAUUUACACCUUUUUGCUUACGAGAAGUGCAAAUUAGAGUUACGAAACAAGGAACACACGCACUUAAUUAAAAGCGCUAAACUCAAUUUGAUAAAGAUUCACCAGAUUAGAAACAAACAAACAGACUCAGAAGAGGUUUUCAGCUGUUCAUCACACACGGUUGUUAUUUUCUGUAAUUUGCAAUUUUUCUACGCUUGCAAUUAUUAA